GUUCUUGUUCGCCAGCGUCAAAGGGCGCACGUGGGACUAUGAACGGUAGGCGCAGGUAUAUUAAUACGAGCACAGUCGCGAGACACACAGGGAUCAAUAUUUGAAAAGUAAACAACGAUUAGCGGUAUAAAAGCGCCAGAUGGAUACGGAUGUAGUCUUAUUAGUACGACUUCCUAAGCCAAAGGAAACUCGAGUUCAGAAAUAGCUCGGGGUGCCAGCAUCGUGAACAGACACCGCGUCCUAUUCGCUGUAUCGUCUGCUAGCGGAUGAGUUGAACAUUCUUGCCGCUUCUUUUCAGUGCCAUAGUAGUGAUAUUUUUUAAAUUUCUCUUCUCCAUUCCUCGAAAAAGAACUUGAACACAACCAUGGAGGGAGUAACUAUGGAAAAUCUUCUGGAUAUCUGUCUGUGUACCAGCCUGGCGAUUAAUUUGUCCGUGUUUUGCUAUUUUUUCAUCUUUGCCCUUGCGGAUUUAUUCGUGAAGACCUGCCACUCGUCAACCUCCCGUAUGCAGUUGGCGCAUAAACACUGCGCAGAGUUCAUGAGGAAUUUUUAUCUCGAGAGUGUCUUCUACUCAGCUCAGGGCAUAGCAGCCAUCAUCGUAACAUUGGUCUUCCACGAUUCUGUUCUUUCCUUCGAAACAGAGUUACCGCGUCCUGCCCAGCUCCUCCUUGCCGCAUCCCUGGGUUUCCAUGUCGUUGCCUUCUUCAGAGUAGCAUUCCUUGGCAACAGUUGCAUCGUUAAAUACACGAUUAUGCUGAUGCAGUUCAUGGUGAUACUGACGGUUGUGGCAGUUCUGAUUACCAAGGAAGACGCUCCGAUGGGUAUGAUCUUGCUCGUGAGUGAGACGGACAUGCUGUUUGCAAAUGUUGGAAAACUGCACAAAGUCAUUCGCCUCAAGGGCACCAGGAGGUACCGUGUCAUCAUCUACGUUGGAGCCUUCGCGACCGUCCUGUCCCGAGCCAUCAUUCCUCUUGGUUACCUUGCAAUGGCUCUCCUGGAGGGAAGUCCUUUGAAGAUGUCCAUCUCGGCUACGACAGUGUUCUUCGUCGGACUUGUCGCAUGCGGUGCCAUCAAUACGUGGAGGGUCAAUUCGGCUGUUGCUCGCAUCUGCAGGAAGGAAGAGAGGAUCAUCGAGGUAGCGCCUUACACCAACAUUUCAGGAAGCUCUGCAGGACCUAAACCAGAUGACAUGGCAACAUCCAUCAGUGCCAACAUCGAAAUGCCACCAUCUUACAACGAAGUCUUUGCCGCUGAGGACGCCACCGCAACUGCUGCUCCUGCUGCUGAAGGAGACCUAGCUGCUGCCUCCGGCCUCACCUUUACGAAUCCAAUGGCAGAUUACAUUGUCAAUGAUUCUCUUGCACAUGUUGCUCUAGCCACAGGAAAUACUGAAACCUCAAACCUGACAACCUUUAUAUCCAUUGAUCUAAGUGCUUCAGACCUCGAGAGGCAAAGAGAAUCGGUUAUGACGACAGACACUGAACUAAGUUGGUCAGGAUGAACACAUUUUGUGAAUAGUUUGUAAUUUAUUUAUUGUCGUAUGAAUGAGGAGUACGUAGCACAAAGAAGUGUCUUGCAAUAUCUAAACGGAAUGGCUAACUUGCUAUCAGAUUACGACAAGUAAUAAUGACGAUAUCUUGCUAUAUAUGUCAGCUAUGAUGAAUUGAAAUGUUUUUUAUGAUUACGAAUAUAAUGUAACGAAAGGAAUGUUAAUGACUGGAAACAAAAACAAUCUUUUUCGAUAUAAACAACCAGUACUGAACCGUAAAGCUUUUCUCAAACAAAACACAAUUCCUGAUCCAGUUUCAAGUAUUGCUCUUGCUUGGCCUUCUAUCUGUCCAUAGUUUUAUAAGUCUGAAGAUACUUAGACCGAAAUUAAAAAGCUUUAGAGAUCGGCUGUCUUCGAGACUAAGAGACUGUAUAGAUUUUAUUUGUUUUGUCAAGCUCAAAUAUACAUAAAAUAACAACAGAGUGGUACAAAAGACGAUGGGGAAAAAUCUACAACACGAGAAAAUAAGGAUUAACUUGACGAGAAGACCCAUUUAUCUACAAAGAGGUCCUAAUUAGAGAAUCAUUAUUGAACAGGUUGAAUAUAUUUUCAAUAUUUACAGAUGUAAUAUAUUUACAGCAAUGUUAAAAAACAUUGAGAAUAUCGCUUGAAACAAAGACAUUCUCAAAAAAAUUGACCUAGUAUUCAAGAGGCUGAGUGUCACCGCGCCGAAAUGGUUGAAAGGAUGGACGAUCUGCAGGACCGAAAAGCAAAAUGCAGCUCGAUCCCGCCAUCCGAAGGUCCUGAUCAUAGAAAUUAGAAAUCGCAUGUUGUACCGACAAACAUGACACUAAAAAGUAUCGAGGCUGGCCUUGUAAUACAUGUAACAAAGACGUGCACCAUAAUGUUGAUUUCUGAACCUUUCGAAAGAUCAAAGUAUUUAUCGUUUUUGUUUGUGUGUGUGUAGCGCUUUUUCAAAUUAUCAUGUUAGGACAACUGUUGAUAGCAUUAUUUCUCAUUUCUACCAUAGCAGAAAGAUUUAUAACUAUGUUCGUUAAAUUGUUAUUUGUUAAUUUGUGAUGGUAAGUAAUCCGAUAUCUGUUUUAGAGGAGCAUGAAAAUGUAUUAUUCUACUAAUUUUAUUAAGGGGUCAAACUUGCCUUCACAGUAAUUGUCAUAUUAUUUACGAGUUCCAGGAUUUUAAACUAAGUUUUACAGAUUUUUAAUCAAACUAGGAAGAUUUUUAGGAACCCUUCAUUCUUUUUGUUGUUAUUAUAGUUUCAUCUCAUUUAAAUUUAGUCAUUAUUUAUGUAUUUAUUUCUAACUAAAAUUGUGGCAAUACGCAUGUCCAUUGUGUUCAGGCAUGAAUAUGCAGUUUAUGCUACAGUGCUAUCUCCUGCGCUCCUUUCCAUUUUUGGGAACAGAUGAUAAUCUUCAUGAAACACCUGUCAAAUAUGGGAAUGUUUUGGGGAUGAAUUUUGUAAACAACUUUUAGUGUUACUAUUCAAUUUUAUAUCUGUUAAAGUUGACGUGCAUGCAUCUAUUUUCACUCCUCUCCAGACGAAUAUUUGUUCAUGUCUUACGUUCCCUCCGCCUUUUUCUGUCCCUUGAUUUUUGUCCUACCCCCCCCCCUCUCUCUCUCUCUCUCUCUCUCUCUCUCUCUUUGGUCCUCUCUCUCUUUCUCUCUCUCUCUCUCUUUCUCUCCCACCUCUCUUUCUCUAUUUCUUUUUUAUACCUCUGUCACAAUGUUGUUUAUUACAGUUAUGAUCUUUGAUAAUAAAACAAGAAGAAAACAAAUUA